GGGAGGACACCACCCUCGGGGCUGGGGUGGGGUCACCACGGGCAGCCACCUUGUUGUUCUCGCCCGUCGGCGGGGGAAGAGAGAGGGUUUGGGGUGAGCCGCCAUUCCCCGGACCAGUAUUCAGAACGCACAGGGAGAGGAGGUAGCGGAACCUUUGUCCUCCGCCUCACUCUCGUUUCCACCCGGACUCAGUUGGCGUCGGACGCAAUUGCGGAGGCCUAGAAACAUGGAGGCGGCGGGUGCUGGGGCUGGACAGCCGUCCUCUCUGGAGGCUCCGGAAUCUACAGACGAUCGGCUUUUCCUGAUUAAAGGUGGAGUUUUCCUUGGUACUGUUGCUGCAGCAGGAAUGGUAGCCGGAUUUGUUACAACAUUAUCAUUGGCUAAAAAGAAAAGCCCUGAAUGGUUCAAUAAGGGAAGUAUGGCCACGGCUGCCUUACCGGAGAGCGGGUCUAUCCUUGCCUUGCGAGCCUUGGGUUGGGGCUCACUUUAUGCGUGGUGUGGGGUUGGUGUGAUCAGCUUCGCAGUCUGGAAAGCUUUAGGAGUACACAGUAGACAGAAACAGAAUGCAAGCAGGGGAGGGGCAGAGAGAGAGGGAGACGCAGAAUCAGAAGCAGGCUUCAGGCUCUGAACUGUCAGCACAGAGCCUGAUGCAGGGCUUGGACUCAUGAACCAUGAGAUCAUGACCUGACCUGACCUGAAGUCACUUAAUCGACUGAGCCACCCAGGCGUCCCUAUAUUGCUUAAAGAAAAACAUGUUUAGGACCUAUCUUAAAACAAAGACGGCUUUGUUUUUUUGUAAAAUUAUGUACUCAUUGUAAAAAAAAACUGUAGAAAAAUACAAAAGAGGAAACAAAACUCACCAGAAAUCUCACUGAGUUGUAAUCACUUACUAAAAUAAAAACAUCCCUUCAGACUUUCUAGAAACAUAUUCAUAUAAUUAUAUAUAAAUGUUGUUUUACUGUACUAUUCUGGAACCUUUUUCACUGAAUAGCCACAAGAACAUCUUUGCACAGUAGAGUCUAUAAAUCUCCAUCAUUUUUAAUGGCUACAUGGUGCUCCAUUAUAUUAUAAUUACUUAAUCAGUCUCCUGCCAAUAGCAUUUAGAUUGUAAUUUUUCACUGUUUAAACACCAUAGUGAACCUCUGCAGGCAUGCAUCUUUUUGUACUUUUCUUGGUCAGGAAAUUUGUCCUAAACACAGAUGAUGUUAUUGUUAAAUCCAAGUGCAUUUUUAAAAUGUUUUUGAUACCUAUUGCUAAGUGCUCAGUUUAUACAUUUAGAAGAUAUUGACAAUGCAUACAGGUUUCCUAGCACCCUUGCCAUUAGUGGCUUCUAUUACUUUGAAAUGUUUGCCAAUCUGAUAGACGGGAAAUAAUCUCUUUCUUUCUUUACUGCAUCUCUUUGAAGUCCCUGUCGCUAUAAAGGCUUUUAUGCAAAUAACCUGUGAUUGGAGUUUUAACAUAUCUCUCCAGCCCCAGUGUUGCUUCCUCAUCUGCUGAUAAUAGGUUGGUUCUUUCUCAAGAGCCAGGCUUUCUUUUCCUUGAAAACAAAAAGUAAAAUAUGUAAAUAAAACACAUUUUAAAUAUUUCUCUAAAAAUUGGCAUUCAACUUUGCUAUUCUAAGAAAGAUUCUUUAAGGGAAGUAAUAUUAUCUCCUUCCUCUAGGACAAUAUUGGAUUCAUUCUAAUAAAAUGUAUUUUCUCCAGCUCUUUUUUGUAGCUGCUGCUAAGUAUACUUUUUAUGUUAAUAUUUAGGCUCAUUUCUUAAUGUCCUUGUGACCAGCUUUAAGGGCUUUUGCUAAUUACAGUCAAAUCUCUUUCUUUUGACUUUUUGCUAAUUUCAACAUCUGCUAUAUCUUAUAUUAAAUAUUUUUAUGCCUACACCGUUUUUAAGUUACUCAUUUCAAAUGAAGCAACAUUGUGAAUGCUAGAACUGCAUAUGUAAAUAAAACUAUGGAAAAGCUUAGAAGUUUUUAACUUCUAAGAUAUCUAAGAAGAAAAUAGACUGUGCUUUGUACUUCUCAUUGGUUUGGUCAAAGAUUAAAAACAAAUCCGUCUCUUGGCAAAUUGUUUAAUGGUAGCCACUUCUGAGGAAUCUGCAGGGCAAAUCUGAAAAGUGACUGAAAUAUGUCCCUUCUGCGUCCUGGCCUAAUCUAAUUUCAGAGCCACCAGCUUCUGUCCCCAGGAAGCGGACUUCACUUCCUUAUUCUGAUUACCAUAAUGUCAGCUGACCCAGCCUCACGUCAACUUCCUGAUAGUACUUACUAGAACACCCGGAACACAGAGUCAUCGUGAUCUUGCACAGAUAGUUCCGUCUGUCAGGCUCAGGGCCUUCAAAUGGCAUAAGCAUUGAGGAAUAUAUUCCAGGAAUCAUUUUCAAAUUAAUUGGAAGUGGCACUGUGCAUCACUUAAAUCUAGGUCUGAGGUGACAAGAACAUCUCCGUAACCCUUAUUUCCCAUUCACUGCAGCUCUAAUGGGCUUGGCAUCCGGUGGUAAGAGGCACUCAGUGUGAUGUGGAGGAGCAAUUUGGUGACAGAGACCGAAUCACAGGGACUUGCUCGGUCUAAAAUGGGAGAUAACAGCUAGUGUCUUUUUUUUGUUUUUGGUUGGUUUUUUUUUUUUUUUUUUUUUUU